UUCGCUCAAGACCCGCAGACACAACUCUCUUUAGAGUCGACCCCCACCAAACCGCCAGGUCCUCGGGCCAAUACCGGUCGUUCGCGUACCAUACUCUAUCCACCGACGAAUGCCAGAGAUAUUCCCCACGACCUCACCCUCUACUAGCAGUUGGCUACAGGAGCACUUCCGGACGCUCGUCACAGCCCCCAAUGACCAUUUCGACAAGCUCUUCACUCGCGACGCGACCGGUGUCGUAGCCGGCAAGUCCGUGGGUCGCGACGGAAUCAAGGCCGCUCUGCUCGCGCUCCACACGGAGUGGAAUGCUACCAGCUGCCGCUUUGGCCCUGCGACAUGCCUAGACGGUUUCGUACGUUCAUCUUGCCUAACCCCCACUUUGAUGGUCACCAACUAUCUGCCUUUGCAGGUCGCGACUCACUGUGAGACAGACGCUCCGUCUCCAGAAUACAAAGUGAAGGCGGCGCAGAGCGCAUAAGCAGCCUCGAGCUGGACGGCGAAGAGGGUCUCUUCGGGAACUGACCGGGGCCCGGCACCUUCGACGGCUGACAAGGCAGCCCCCAUGACAUUGAAGCGCGAGUCGUCGCAGGCUUCCCACCUCGCCCCGGCCCCGGAUCCUGUGGGUACGAGGCGGCGAUUCGCCAGCCGUUUUACCGUUCCUUCUGUCUUGCAUUUCAGUAUUCUAUCUGCGCUCCACGCACUAGGUCUUGUACAACACUACGUACCUCGAUGAUACCUCCACGAUUAUUGCUGCUUCCAUGUUUGACUCGUUAUCCCCCUGUGCUUGUAGGGUCCCA